CACACAUCACGUGAACUUAAGUUGCCCUUUAUCUACAGCCAUCUACAUCUACUAUGCUAUUCACUCUCUUUCAAGCUCUAACGCUUUUGGUCAUCAGCGCCAUGGCACUAUCCCCACGAGACGCCAUUCACACAAAUGAUAUUGAUCGAUAUGACUCGUUUAUCAAAGAUUUGGAAUUGAUGGACGACCAUUUCCUCGACAUGUACUUUCACAACGGCACGGUCACUAUCGACGUCUAUCAACACCCUUCCAACGAUCUUACCCGAACCGAACUUUUUGCUCCAAGCUCCAAUGCACAGCAAUACUUUGACCAAGAAAAGGCUGCUGCCGAUGAGAUCCUUGGAUCAGACUCCCAAGGCGACAAAUCUUUGGCAGAGCGUGGCCCAUGCGUUGGCCCAGGACCGCAUCCCGACGCGAGAUCCGAGGAUUCUGUCGGCUUGGAGAAGCGUCGCUCAAACUGCUUUCAAUUCUGUGGCACAAUUGCCAACUGCCGCGGAAAUAAUGGGUGUCCACACUGCUACGCGGUUCGACAAGGCUGUCUUUGGCAGAAAUGGUGUCGCUAAGCACAUGCUCGAUUCCUCACAGUGGACCAAUGUGUGUUUGGAAGGGUUCUGCCGUCUUUCAUUUCAGCAAAGCACCGAAUACAAGCUUUUCGCAGCC